GGACGAUGAGCUGUUACCAGGGCACGCUCGCAACUUUGAGGCUCCUGCGUUCACCGGUCACCCCCACGACUCUUCCCAGCUCUGUGCCCCAUACAAAGCCUUCACUAACACCAAUCUUCGCGGCGCGUUUUCCACGCUGGAACGACAAGAAGCGGCUGACUUUUCCACACCGGGGCUGUCAACGGAACCCGCAGAUUGACGCGCUUGUUCUAGUCGACGGUCUGCAGCUAUGACUGGAUCCAGCUCGGUGUGUUAAGCUGAUUUUUCCGGUCGUCGCCAAGCACCAACGCCGCGCUCGUCUGGGCCACAGUCUCCGCUGCGAAUUCCUCCGAAGACACCGAGCAAGACCCUCGGCCAUGGAGCUGAGUUCCGUGUGUCUCACCACCGCUGGAGCCUAUGUGUUCUUCAGACUGGUCAACAACGGGGUCAGCAAGCUGCCCACCCCCGAGAGCGCGUGCAGGAACGCGUGGAAAUGGAGGAACAUCUCCACAUCCUCCGUGCACAGUCUCGUCACCGCGGUCUGGGCUGUGCUGUGUUUUUUCCUGCAUCCAGAAAUGGCAGAAGAUUUAAUAGAGACUUACUCCGCCUUUUCCCAUGCGCUGGUGUCUUUCUCCAUCGGUUACUUCAUCUACGACUUCUUUGACAUGCUGUUGAACCAGAAGCUGAGUCAGGCCUGGGAGCUUCUCUUUCAUCACAUCGUGGUCAUCACCUGUUUUGGCCUCUCGGUGGUCUCCGGCCGCUACGUUGGCUUUGCCGUGGUGGCGCUCUUGGUGGAGAUCAACUCCGUCUUCCUCCACCUGAGGCAGAUGCUGCGAAUGGCCAACCUGGCCGCCGGGACUCCGUACCGGGUCAACAGCAUCGUGAACCUGGGCACCUACGUGGUGUUCCGCAUCAACACUCUGGCCUGGAUGACCCGCUGGCUGGUGCUGAACCGCGACAAGGUGCCGCUCAUGGCCUACACCCUGGGCAGCGUGGGCAUGGCCAUCAUGACCGCCAUGAACAUCGUCCUCUUCUGCCGGCUGCUCCGGAGCGACUUCCUGAAGAGCAGCACCCGAGAGGCCAAGAAAGACAAGGAGAUGUAAGACACUGCCGCUGCCACCUCAGCUGACGUGAUCAGCGCAGUCACAGAUGAAGGAUUUCUAUGUAACAGAAUCAUGAGGAAAUUGGCGAGCUUGAGCUCGGGGUGGCUUCGCUCGCUCCGUGCAUGUGUCUAUACACACACUAUUGUAAAAUACAGGGUUGAUGUAAACCGUAAAAAAAUCCAGAAGUCGAGUCACCAAAUGUCCUCAAGCUAAAACCACCUGCUACCUCACAAUCUUCUUUGUUUACCUUUCUCUUUUCCAAACAAUAUCGACCGCAGUAAACAGACAUUUCUGUGACCUGAUGAAGACAAGCACGCGCUGAUAGUCAAGUGCCAAGUUCUCUCUCUCUCUCUCUCUCUCUCUCUCUCUCUCUCUCA